UUGUUUCUGCUCAUUUCCAUAGUUUCUGGGUCCUGGGAAAGGCUAAGUUUGCUUUGCUUGAGUAUAUCUGUUGUGAGUAAAUGGCUGCAAGAGCUGAGAUACUAAACUUCACAAUCUCCAGAAAUCAGAGGGAAAUUUUCAGGGAAUUCUUCUGGGUCAGAUUGUUCCCUCUGGACUAUGGCACCUCUGAGCCAGUGGAGUGGCCACAUCAACUCCACCUGUGGAGCAGAGAACUCCACGGGCGCCAACCGGACGCGCCCAUAUGCCUACUAUGCACUGUCCUACUGUGUGCUCAUCCUAGCCAUCAUCUUCGGGAAUGGCCUGGUGUGUGUGGCCGUACUGAGGGAACGGGCCCUGCAGACUACUACCAACUACCUUGUGGUGAGCCUGGCUGUGGCAGACUUGCUGGUGGCCACCUUGGUGAUGCCUUGGGUGGUCUACCUGGAGGUGACAGGUGGAAUCUGGAAUUUCAGCCGCAUUUGCUGUGAUGUUUUUGUCACCCUGGAUGUCAUGAUGUGUACAGCCAGCAUCCUGAACCUCUGCGCCAUCAGCAUAGACAGGUACACCGCUGUGGUCAUGCCAGUUCACUAUCAACACGGCACAGGGCAGGGCUCUUGCCGGCGUGUAGCCCUCAUGAUUACUGCUGUCUGGGUACUAGCAUUUGCUGUGUCCUGCCCUCUCCUCUUUGGCUUCAACACAACAGGGGACCCCAGCAUCUGCUCUAUCUCCAACCCUGAUUUUGUAAUCUACUCUUCAAUAGUGUCUUUCUAUGUGCCCUUUGGAGUGACUGUCCUCGUCUAUGCCAGGAUCUACAUGGUGCUGAAACAAAGGAGAAGGAAACGGAUCCUCACUCGACAGAACAGUCAAUGCAUCAGUGUCAGGCCUGACUUCCCUCAGCAAUCUUCCUGCCUGCGGCUGCACCCCAUCCAACAGUUUUCAGUAAGGGCCAGAUUUCCAUCAGAUGCCACGGGAAAAAUGGAACACACAGGAGAUAAACAAUACCCCCGGAAAUGUGAGAACCAUCUCUUUUCACACCCACAGCCCCUUUCUCCCAGCCAAGCACACACAGAGCUGAAACGCUACUACAGUAUCUGCCAAGGUACCACCUUGCGGCGACCAAGCUUCCAAGAAGAAGAAGGAGAACUGAAAAAGGAGGAGAGGACUCAGAACUCCCUGAGCCCCACCAUGGCACCCAAGCUCAGUUUAGAGGUUCGAAAACUCAGUAAUGGCAGGCUAUCAACAUCCCUGAAACUGGGUUCCUUGCAGCCUCGGGGGGUGCCACUUCGAGAGAAGAAGGCAACCCAGAUGGUGGCCAUUGUACUUGGGGCCUUCAUUGUCUGCUGGAUGCCCUUCUUCUUGAUCCACGUUCUUAACACCCACUGCCAAGCAUGCCACGUGUCCCCAGAGCUUUACAGAGCCACUACAUGGCUGGGCUACGUGAACAGUGCCCUCAACCCUGUGAUUUAUACCACCUUCAAUGUAGAGUUCCGCAAAGCCUUCCUCAAGAUCCUGUCUUGCUGAAGGAGGAAAGGAGGCCUCAUACCAACCUCGAGCUGCCAGGCUGUUGUGCCCCCUGGCCAGGCCUGCUCACAAAGACUGAAAUGUCCUUUGGCGUGUGGUACAAAGAGUCCUGGAACCAGAUGUCCCUGCAUGGCAGGUGUGACCAGCUGUUUCCUACAAAAUAGAAUGUUCUACCUCCCCGGCUAGCAUCUGACUUCAUUCUGACAAUCAAAGGGUUGAGAGCCCUUAAAAGAUAAGCAAUAAUUCAGAAAGAAGCUGAUAAAACAUGACUCUUCACAACACACACACACACACACACACACACA